ACAUUACUGACACAGCUUUACAACACUUGCGUUACUCCGUGAUGACUGGUUGAUCGUGUCAAUAUCUAAUGCAUGUGUGGAGUAUAGAUGUAACGAUUUACUAGCACCAUUACUUGAAACCACUACGCUGACUUCCUGCUACACUUGUAUUAGGUUUUAGAAUUACUUAUCUACUUUAUUUAAAUCGAAAUAUAUUACAGGUUUCUGUGCGAACCAUGCGUUAAGAACUGUAAACAUUAGUGGUUAAUUCGUACACAUGAACAUAUCGAACACUGAAAGUCAGAAGGAAGCAGGUGAACUUAGUAUAUUACCACCAUGAGAGAUGUCCGACGGUAUUCCUGGUCUGAUAGACGAACAUCAAGUCAAUACAAGACUAAGACAGUUACACACAACCGAGUAUCUAUGGCUUCCCCGGAUUUGACCAUUCUUUUCUGUGGCGACGCCAAGGAGUGGGCUCACUACUUGACACAAACGUUUUGCUCUCAUAGUGGACCUCAGGCUUUGCCUAUUCAUCAAGAGCGCUUAGAGAACCUAAUAUUUCCUCUCCCUUCUGUUUGUGCGCAGAGUUUCACUUCUGCGAAAGUUGUACUCGUUAUACUGUCUCCUGCAUCUUUAGAUUUCAUUGACAGUCACGCGGAAGUGUUCGAACUGGGAAAGUUGUUACGACCAAACCAAACCGUCGCCAUGUUGUGUGGAGUGAACGAGGGAGAUAUUACAUCUUUUCAUAAGGCGGCGCUAGUGUCUUAUGAUGCAUGGCCACGUUUUGUUGCUCGCGAUCAAGACAGAGAAUGUGUAGAAAAUGUAUUAGGAACAACGUUCGAAUUUCUGAAGCGUGCUCAAGAAAGUCAGGCUUAUCAGAAGCCUCAGUUCAAGGUGUCUCCUCGAAAAGUUAAUGAGGGCAAUAGAAAAGUUUUCGUCAUCUUAGACAGAGCCAUCAGAGUCAACCAAAAAGUCCAGGUUUUGCUUGAAGGUAACGGAGUCCAUGAGUUACCGGUGAAAAAAAGGAAUCCAUACACGUUACAGUUUGUUGUUCCUGGUCCUAAGGCCUUCCCUGUUGACUAUUUCAUGUGUGACGACUAUUUUCUGGGUGUCCGAGCUUUAAAGUGUGAGUCUAAAAUUGGAGAGCUGUACACGUUACUUCAGAAUGUAAAUUCUCCGUACGAAAUGCUUCGACAAACGAUGGGAGUCGCUUCUUGUAGCGAAGUGGACAACCUAAUGGUGAAAAACUUCCAACGAAAUCUUCCACCAAUUGGCUUCAAUAUGUUAGACCCAGAUGUUAAUUUAGACCUGAACAGUGAAGAAGAACUUCCUACACUUCUUCACUUUUCCUCCAAGUAUGGCUUGAGAGAGUUGACAUCACAGCUGUUGCAGUGUGCCGGGGCAGCACGAGCCUGUCGGCUUCAGAAUGUCAGUGGUUGCUGUCCUGCUCAGCUUGCUAAGCAGGAAGGUCAUAACGAUAUAGCAAGACUACUGGACGAUUUUGAGAAGUUGACAGAAAGCGAAGGUUACAAUGUGUUUCUUGAUGGAAACGUGGAAUCCGAUUACGAGAACGAUGAAAACAUGGAUUCUCAUAUUUACGAUGUUCCCUUUCCUGUACCAAUUCCUUCAAUUUUCGGCAACUUAAAUGAUGUGUCCAUUACAAAGUCUGAAAUGGUUAAAAGACGUGGGCACAUAGAAUCUCAUUACCUGGAAAUGGAAGCUGACUAUAAAUCUCAAUAUUCAGAGAAGUUGGUGCCACAAGAUAAGGUUAUUUUAGAGAAUGGAAAAGAAAGACCUGAUGAAAUUGCGGAAGACAGGGAACCAAAACUUAGUAGUCCACCUUUAGAACCUUCGAUCACAGAUGAAAUGUCUAAUCAGCAUGGGGUAAUUGUUCCAAGCACCGGACACUCUGAACUCUUGGACAUUUUGGAGAGUUACAAAAGAGGAGCAAAAUUUUCAGAAGUGGAGCAGAUGUUUCGUGAGUGGCAAAUGUGUCACAUUGUGCCGUCUAAAAAAUCCAUAGAGAUACUGAAAAAGCUUCGCGAGAUUUACAAAAAAUCUGAGAAGCAAGGGUGCAGCAGAAAGGAAUCAAAGACCUUUUGUGAGCUUCAGAACACUUUUACUUCAAAACUUGGUCGAAGGCAAAUUAUUUUAGCUCAGGGUCAACAAAGCAGCAAGGAUAGCAGAAUAUCUGAUGGAGCUAUCCUAGCGACGGAAAACGAAAAAAUUCGAUCACAGCUUCUCAGUUCCUCAUCAUUUACUAGCAGCUCUAGUUCGUCGUCAGUGGACGGUGUUAGCAUCUUGAGUACCUACGACAGCGAAAAUGAUUCUGGGGAUGAUGUGGUUUCCUCUCAGAAUGAUUUAAAAAUGAAAAAGAUGAUAACUCUGGUCGAAGGACAAGUGAAACGUCCUCCUGUUCCCCCUCCUCGUCCCCCAAAUCUGCAGAAAUCACCCAAAGGCAGCAGCUCAUCCACUGGGAAGUUUCCGAAUCAGCUGCUCGAUCCCCAUCAACAAAUGGCCAACUGCGAAAACCUCAAUUGUAAGAACGUGCCUCAUGUUAGAGUGAGUUUGGACCAUUCUGAUAGUAGUUACUACAAUAUGCUUCCUCAGAACAGCGCCCUCAACAAAAAGGCAGAAUAUGUAUAUUAUAACAUUGGUGUUUACAACAUCAAAACAAGUGAAGAGUCAGCAGAGAAUACCACAAACAUUAGGGGCUCUUUACCAACAUUCCUUACAGAUCAUAUUCCACAGGAAUCAAGCGAACGACUGUCAAGAAGGCGAGGUGGACCUGUUGAGUACAAAUCAGCUAUUGAAAGAACUAAUUCGGAAAGGUCUACAAGGUCCACUUCUCAGCAUGUUCCACGGUACCGCCAACUAAAACCACCAAACAGCAGUAUCUUUCUGAAUCAGUUGGUUAGCACUGAGGCUAAUAUCACACAAUUUACCAAACAAAAGAAAAUAGUCCACGGAACUAACAACCCAAAUUGUAAUAUUCCAUCACAUCCUUCUGUUCCAGUUAUAGUGGAAAAUCGAUUAAACUCCAGUUCUUUCCAUCAUGAUUACGCAGUUCCUAGAAAACUAUACUCUACGUUGGAGUGUUGUGAAGACAAUAAGAAAGUACACAACAAAGCAAUUAUACGUAAACCUGCUUUGCUGAGCAAAAACAGUAGCUACAGCUUGCUUCCAUCCAAACCCCUCAAAAACACAGAAACAACUGACAAAAUACCACACGAGUCUCCACUUCCACCUCCCCCUCUCCAAAAAGAGACUGUAAGUGUUGAAUCUGAAACACGUUCUGAAUCCCUUGCUCCAGUUGAAAACUCCGAAGCCCCACCACUUCCACCAAGAGGUAUCACUGCUCCCAGACCCCAAGAGACUUUAGAUGGAAGACUUGAAUGCACCUAAGAUCAGUCAGAACCUUUAAUUUGUAUAAUUACUACGUGUAUGAUGUCUCACUACAUUAGAUUAAUUGGAUAUACAUAAUAUUAAAUUACUAAUUAGAAAAUUUGAUUACAUUUACAGAAUUACCUUAUUAGUAAUCCAAACACCGGAAGUAAAGUAAAGAGUAUCACUGUAAUGGAUUAUAUGCACAAGUACCUCUGUAGUUGAAGGAAGAUUAAAAGAUGUAUUCAAUUACCAAUAUAAUACAUAAAAACCUAAAAUAACUGUGAGAUCAUGAAAAGCCGAAAAAUAUGUAUGAAGUAGUUGAAACCAGAAAGAUGUGUAUGAAGCAUUCCCCUUAGUAGUUGAAACCAGAAAGAUGUCUAAAAGAUGGAAGGCUUGGAGAUAUAAUUAAGUGUCUUAGAAGUGAAAAGUCUGGAAAGUGUCAGAAAAAUCACCAUAGCAACUGAAAGCCUCAAACGUUUUUUAAAGAGCAUAGCAGUAAUUGGUGGAAGCUUAGAGAAUGUGCAAUAAAUUAUUACCAUGAUAUAUUGAAGCAUUGAAGAUUUAACAACUGGAAGAUAAGUAUUUUCUAGUAAUGGAAACCUGGAAGAUCUGUAAUGAUUUGCCCCCUAGUGGCACAGCGGUAUGUCUGCGGACUCACAAGGCUAGAAUCCGGGUUUCGAUACCCGUGGUGUGCAGCUUUGUGCUUAAUUACAUACAAACAAACUGUAAGGAUUUAUCUUUUUUAGAAUAUCGAAGUCUUGAAAAACAAGUAAAAAUAUUAAUUUUAUCAUUAGAAACUAGGAAAAUAUACAUUAAGUGUAACCUUAGAAGAUGGAAGCCUUGAAGAUGCUAACGUACAUCUUGCAGUAAGAUUCUAUAGAACAGAUAUAAGUAUGAACUUUGUAAUUAAAUGGUCAAAGAUGUGUUAGAAAUAUCACCUUAGUAAAUGGGUGCUGAAGAGAUGUUUAAACUCCAUCACA